AUGAUUGUAAGUGGCCAAUUAGGACGAAUAAUAGUUCCUACUAUUCAUGAAGUUCGACAAGCCGUGUCAAUAUACGUAUACUGCAUGAACAAGAAAGCUCAUCAAGAAUGGACUCAAAGUUUUUCAAAGGUACAAGCUGUUAUUACUGAACUCGAUGAAGUUGUGUCUCGAAUUACAGCUGAUCAUAAAAUUCAAAAACUUGUAGAAGAACCAUUAUCAAUUAAUAUUUUUAAUGGUCAAUCGAUAGCUGAUGUCAAUGGUAAAUUUGUUUUUUCACAAGAACUUAUUAAACGUUGUAAAAAGGCAUACGAUGGUAAUAAUAUUGAAUUGAAAAAUAUUCGUGAAUUUAAAAAGAAAUAUUCAUCAGAAAAAUCUUUACGGUGGUACUCACGAGAGUCAUUCUUUUAUAAGACUCUAAAUGCUGUUCUACGCAAUGAAGAUAUUCAUAUGAUGUUUUUAUUUCGUGAAUUUAUUGCUGACAUUCAAAAUCAAUUGAAAUUGUAUCCAAUUGAUAAAACUCAAAGACUUUAUCGAGGACAAAGGAUAUCAAAAGAAGAAUUAAUAACAUUAGAACAAAAUUGUGGACAACUUAUUUCAGUGAAUUCAUUUUUCUCUACAAGUGCUGAUGAGAAACAAGCUCGUACCUUUCUCAAUGCUUCACAUGCUACAAAUAAUUUAGAACGAGUUUUAUUUCAGAUCACUGCUGAUCCUAAAAUGACUGCUACAAAACCAUUUGCUGAUAUUAGCAGCUAUAGUGAAUAUCCGGAUGAAUCAGAAACACUAUUUAUGAUGGGUUCUAUUUUUCGUUUGAAUAGUGUUGAUCGAAGUAGUGAGGAUAAUAUCUGGAUUAUUCGAAUGACUUUAUGUAGUGAAAACGAAAGUGAUCUUAAAAAUGUUCUUCAAUAUAUGAAACAGCAACUUGGUACUGAAGAAACAAAUCUUCAAACAUUAGGAAAAGUAUUAUGGGAUAUGGGUAGACUGGAUUUAGCUGAACGAUAUUUUAUUCGUUUAUUGAAUAAUCUACCAGAAAACCAUCAUUUACUCAGUGAUUUAUAUGAAGAUCUUGGCAGAAUUGCAUCGCUCACCGGUGACUAUGACAAGAGUAUUGAUUAUCGUAAAAAGUCACUUGCACUCAAGGAUUCAACUACAUCAAUGAGCAGUAUGCCUGCUGAUGAGUCUGACAAGCAAAAUGGUAAGAUUUUCGAAAGAAGUUCUGCUAUUAUGUAGUAGAUAUCUCAUAUAGAAAGAAGUUUACUACUGAAGAAAAAAUGAUUGAAAAACUUUCGAAAAAGAACUCAACAUUAUAAAAUGAAAUAGUUAUAAUCUUUAAAAUGAGUUUUAGAUUUAGCUGAUGUGUAGUUAACAGUUGUAUGUCGAGUCGAUUAAAUGAUAUUUAGAGCUAUAACUAAUACAUCAUAAGAUCGAAUUCAAGAGUUUCAAUAAAUCAGACAGGUUUAAAACUUGGACUGUGAUCCAAUUCAAUAAUACUAAGAUCAUUGUUAUAAGAAUCAUGAUAUUGACGAUUUUUUUUAUUCUUUGUAUUCACUGAAUAUUGGCACUGCGCAGACAAACCAAUAAGUUAUAUGUCGAAAAUGAUCCUUUUUUGUUGCUCUUUUGCAUUCUGUUGAUAAAUACUUUUAAGUCAGUCAUAUUGUUGUUUUGCUAUGUUUUCUAGCGAGUCAUAGAAGAAUUUUCUUAAUUUAUUCGGAAUACGUAUUUUGUCUUUACAAGACAAGCAAAUGAAAAUAUAAACUUUAUGUAAUUGGAAUCCCGAAGUAAAGAUGCUUGUUCUAUAAGUUUAUUUUUCUCUGAUAUCAUUUAGUUAUACGCUGUACAAAAUCAUGAGUCAUCAUUUCUGUAGGACAAUUUUGUAUUUUAACUAUUAUUAUCCGGGAUAAUUUUUAUUUUAUCAUGUGACACCCGUUUCUUGUCGUGUUUCUCUUCAACUUGAAAUUGUUCGUUCUCCGAUUACUUCUCAUUAUUAAGUGAUUUAGUUCUGUUUCUGUCCGUACCUAUUGACUAACAUUAGUUUUACCCCAUCUUCCGACCAAAAUAAAUAACAACAGUAAAUAGUCAGUUGAGGUGUUCAGUCAAUUUGAGUUCUUUUUUUGUAUCUAUCUCCUAAAUACAUAAUCCUUCUUUCGUUAAAUAUAUUUUUUUAUGUAAAUAUGAAAAAAUGUCAUGUACAUAGACCUAUUUUCAAACAGUAGACGACAUAAAGGAGAGCAUGGAAAAUUUCCAUUUCCAGGAAAUUCAAAUAAAAUACUUAUAAAAUAAAUUUCCUGGAAAUCCAAAAAUUUUAACAUAACACUUCAUUCUUUAUUAAGACAUAAAAAUAUCUUGUACGAUAAAUAAAGAUAUAACUAUAUCUUUUUUCUAAACUCCAGUUUGAUAAAAGAACGUAAUUGAAAUAUGCUUAUAAAGAUAUACUAUAUAAAUACAAACCAAUAGAGAUUAUACUUUAAAAUUGAACAAAGUUUAUUCUAUUGGGAAAUUCAUAUUAAUAUUUGUAAUGAUAUAAAUAUAUACUUAAAAAUCUUGGGUUGGGCUGGGGUGGGUUGGGUGACAAUGUAUUGGAAAUUCAUUUUUAUAUGGAAAUGGUAUUCUAGGAGUACUAUAAUAUUCAGUCAUGGGUUGGGUUAGGUUGGGUUGGGUUGGGUUGGGUUGGGCUG